CUUUUGGCCCACUUUCCACUUCUUCAUUUUAACCCUCCACACGCUUUUUCCUUCUCUCAUGACCCACACACCACAACACAACGUUAACCGCUGUUUCAACAUUCACAUCAACACAACUAAGUGAUGCCGUGUUUUUCGUGUUAAGGUCAAGGCCAAACCAAACUCAAGAGUUGAGACUGAUACAAGAUCCACGGAGAUGCUAGGUUUUAUCAGUUUCAGCUUUGCCAAGCGGUGACCCAAACAAAAAUAAAUAAAUAAAUAAAUAAAUAAAUCUCAGUUGCAUGCGCUAUCAAUUUUUCAGAGGCAUCGAAAGCGGUUAAUCGAACAGAUUGGAGAACUCAAGGAUUAAAGUCAAUGUUUCACACAAGCUUGUUUGAUUCCCAUCACCCUCACAAUCUCAUGACUACUUGCUCCGAGAGUGAUUUGGGAAAGGCCAGAGACGAUGAGUACGAGACCAAAUCUGGCACCGAUACCAUGGACGUUCCUUCCGGCGACGACCAAGACCCCAACCCUCGUCCCAAAAAGAAGGGUUACCGUCGCCACACACAGCGCCAAAUAGAAGAAAUGGAAGCCUUCUUCAAGCAGUGUCCUCACCCAGAUGACAAGCAAAGAAAAGAGCUCAGCCGUGAACUAGGGUUAGAGCCUUUGCAAGUCAAGUUUUGGUUCCAAAACAAGCGCACCCAGAUGAAGACUCAACAUGAACGAAAUGAGAAUGCUAUUCUGAAGGCCGAGAAUGAAAAGCUUCGCGCUGAGAACAACAGGUACAAGGAGGCCCUAACCAAUGCUUCAUGCCCCAACUGUGGAGGCCCAGCUGCUCUUGGCGAAAUGUCCUUCGACGAACAACACUUGAGGAUUGAGAAUGCUAGGUUAAGAGAGGAGAUCGAUAGGAUUUCAGGAAUUGCGUCCAAAUAUGUCGGAAAGCCCGUGACAUCUUCAUACUCCAACCUUUCACCUAUGAAUAACAACCACAUGCAUGUUGGAGAAAUGUAUGGCGGCAGUGACCUUCUUAGGUCACUCCCAGCUCCUGCUGAUGCUGACAAACCCAUGAUUGUGGAGCUUGCCGUUGCAGCAAUGGAGGAACUGACAAGACUGGCUCAGGCAGGAGACCCUUUAUGGGUCCCCAACAACCACCAGUCUGAGAGUCUUAAUGAAGAUGAAUACUUGAGGACUUUCCCCACUAGAGGCUUAGGCCCUAAACCCUUAGGCCUGAGAUCUGAAGCUUCAAGGGAAUCCGUGGUUGUCAUCAUGAAUCACAUUAACCUUAUUGAUAUCCUGAUGGAUGUUAACCAAUGGUCAACUGUGUUUUGCGGUAUUGUCUCGAGAGCUUUGACCCUUGAAGUCCUUUCAACUGGAGUAGCUGGAAACUACAACGGAGCCUUGCAAGUGAUGUCAGCGGAGUUCCAAGUUCCUUCACCACUUGUUCCUACUCGUGAGAACUAUUUCGUAAGGUACUGUAAGCAGCAUCCAGAUGGGAUAUGGGCUGUGGUUGAUGUUUCCUUGGAUAGUCUGCGUCCCAGCACAAUCUCAAGAAGCCGAAGAAGGCCCUCUGGUUGUUUAAUUCAAGAAUUGCCAAAUGGAUACUCCAAGGUUACAUGGAUUGAACAUGUAGAAGUGGAUGAUAGAGCUGUGCAUAGCAUAUAUAAACCUCUAGUUAAUUCUGGCCUUGCCUUUGGAGCUAAACGUUGGGUGGCUACGUUAGACAGACAAUGCGAACGUCUUGCAAGUUCUAUGGCCAAAAACAUACCAGCAGGGGACCUCUGUGUGAUAACGAGUCCUGAGGGAAGGAAAAGUAUGCUGAAGCUGGCGGAGAGAAUGGUAAUUAGCUAUUGCACUGGUGUUGGUGCUUCAACGGCACAUGCUUGGACAACGCUAUCCGCAACUGGAUGUGAUGAUGUAAGGGUCAUGACUAGAAAGAGCGCAGAUGACCCUGGUAGACCCCCCGGCAUAGUGCUCAGUGCUGCCACUUCUUUCUGGCUCCCAGUUCCCCCCAAGAGGCUUUUCGAUUUCCUACGUGAUGAAAAUUCCAGAAAUGAGUGGGACAUUCUUUCCAACGGGGGUCUAGUUCAAGAAUUGGCACACAUAGCAAAUGGUCGUGAUCCUGGAAACUGUGUCUCUUUACUUCGAGUCAAUAGUGCAAACUCAAGCCAAAGUAAUAUGCUGAUACUGCAAGAGAGUUCAACUGAUUCUACUGGCUCGUACGUAGUUUAUGCUCCUGUGGAUAUUGUUGCUAUGAAUGUAGUAUUGAGUGGAGGGGAUCCAGAUUAUGUUGCUCUGUUGCCUUCGGGCUUCGCUAUUCUUCCUGAUGGGCCUGGACUAAACGAGGGGCCCAUACUUGAUGUUGGAUCUGGAGGUUCUCUACUGACAGUUGCAUUUCAGAUCUUGGUUGAUUCAGCCCCAACCGCUAAGCUAUCUCUGGGUUCAGUGGCCACUGUUAACAGUUUAAUUAAGUGCACAGUUGAAAGGAUCAAAGUCGCAGUGAGCCAGUGAUACGUGACAGUACCUAAUUUCAGAACCUUCAUAUGUGAGAACAAAGAUAGAGAAAGUGACAAGCUUGGAGUGGUGCCUAUUUUGUUUACAAAACAAGGCCUACUAGAAGUCAAUGAACGCACCUUGGAGAAUCACUUCAUGUUAGAAGUUUGAAGAAUCUUAGGUUCGGGUAUUGACUUUCACUAAUGAAAACUAAACUAGUUCCAUCUAGCCUUAGUAUUUUAACUUAGGAAAACUGCAAAAUUUCAUGCUCGCUAUUUAUUUUAGCGUAGAAUUUUCGUGUUGUAUUUGUCGCUAUGCUUGGGAAAACAUUCCUCAAGUGGUGGUGUUAUGUAGACUUUUCGAAUUGUAUUGUAAACUAAAGCAAAUUUUCGU